GAAAAGUGAACUCUUCGACGAUCUUGUACAUAUAUGAAGUAUCAGUAGAGGCCCGAGGCUGGAGAUAGCAGUUGGUACUUCUUUCACUGCAUAAACAUUGCAUGUAGGAAGUGAUAAAGUAAUGGAAACGAUGCCGACGUAACAAAGCAAUAUAUUAAUAUAAAUCCAGGAUUACUAUUUCUGCCAACAAUAGUUUUGUGGACUAAUAUGGGAAGUUAUUAUGUUCUAAAGUGUUUAAUAUUCUCUCUGGUUCAAAUUUCUUUUGCUCAAUGGGAUUUUACAAAUAAUUUAAAAGAAAUAAGCCAGCUCUGGGAACCUUUUGUCUCUGGUAUAAGUCCCCAUGAGGAUCUCCCAGUAGAUUUUAACAUAACGGGUGAUCCGACACAGGAUCCUUUCAUAGAUCUACAUUUACUAACAGUUGAUCGUAUAUAUAAAAUGCAGCUGCAAAGACUGGAACAUAAUAUUCUUCAUGAAGAUGUUCGUUUAUUAACAGUGUCCGUUGAUUCUUCUGGAAGGACCGUAUUUAAAGAGCAACUUAAGCCGGUCGACAUCUUUUCAAAAGCAAAAGAAAUGAACUUUUAUCAUGAUAUCAACACAGGCACAUUAAUUAACGUCAAAGCUCGUCGGAAAGGAACUGCUGAUAAACCAUUUACAUUUAUUGAAGGAGUAAUGUUUGACGAGUUAAUGGUCGCUUCUCCACUGGCUCAAAAAAGACACAAACGAUCUAUUCAUCGCCAAAAACAUAUAUUAUACAAGAAAAGCGAAAUGAAUAACGAAAUGUUUCAUUUUGAUACAAUGAAAGUGCCAGAACAUAUUGAUAAAUUACAAGAACCUCAAAACUCACAAAACAUAACAUACAGAACAAGACGGAAACGACAAGCUGGCACUCCAAAGAUUGAACCAGAACUGUUGUUAUUUGUUGAUUAUGCUUUGUUUAAAGAUUUUGGCGGGGAUUCCAAUGAACUUCUCGAAUACCUACUGCACUUCUGGCACUCUGUUAACUGGAAAUAUUUGACAAUCGCCUUGUCUGGGAAGUGGCCAAUAAUUGAUAUUAAAAUAAGAGAAAUUGGUGUAUUUAAAGAACCCAAUGCACAACCAUUUAUAGAGUCCAGUAGGAUGACCCCAGGAAGUAAACUAUUUUCAUUGUAUGAUGCAAUGGAUACUCUUCAAAAGUGGCUAGUCAAAUAUGAAAAUGCAUUACCUUUGCAUGAUAUAGCAUUUCUACAGACAGGUGAAAAUGCGUGUAGAAAGACACAACACACUGACCCUAUAGCACCAUGGGCGCCAAGUAUACUUAGCGCAUUAAGACAUCGGUUGCCACUCAAAACUAUUGAAUCUAUGGAUGAUGACGAAUGUGUCAAAGGAACAGCAGGCGUGGCAUAUGUUAGAGGUGCAUGUUUGUCAGCACCAUUCUUACGGGGAAAUGCCUUUAAUUUUGGGAUUGGCGAAGCAUCAACCAGUUUUAAUGGAAUAAUAAUAGCAGCCCAUGAAGUAGGACAUCUACUUGGUGCCUACCAUGAUGGAGAAGCGGAGGCUAGGUCAUGCUCCACCCAAUCGGGUUAUAUAAUGAGUUAUACUAGAGACGACUCGUUUAAGUUUAGUAGAUUUUCAUCAUGCUCAAUAAAAAGUUUUCAAAAUUUCCUCAGGAUGGAAAGAGCUAAAUGCCUUUUACAGCGUUAUAGUAGAGAAUCAUUGGAAUUUCCAACAACCUUUCCUGGCAAGUUUAUGAACCUCAAUGAACAGUGUAGACGAUUUACAGGUGGACCACCCUGUGAAGAAGGACCUACCCAGUGUGAACAUUUAUGCUGUGACGAUAGAAAUGGAGAAUGGAGAUACACCAGAUCAGAACCUGCAGUAGAUGGAACAACGUGUGGAUCAUCCAGAGUGUGUCUAAACGGGCAAUGUGUUCCACUUUCCACAAUAGGACGAAAAUAAAAUUUAAGCCAGCUGCGGAUAUUCGACAAUCAUCUGUCUCACAUUUAGACAACAAUCGAUCUGGAUGAAUAUGCAUUGUGACCCGAUUCUGAGUUUUGUAUCAUGUGAGACGUUCCGUGAAGAUCUCACAACUAUUGAUUAUGAAAGUGAAAUCCAAUUGUGACUUUUGUGAUUAAAACAGACUUUAGUUCUAAUGUGACUCCAUAAUUGGACCAUAUGUAAUGUUCCUUUAUGCCAUGUGAUGGCAAAGCCUAUACAAACUGUACAAAACCCUGUUGUAUUCAAAAUCCGUUGAAACAAUUAAUGAGUUUUUUGUAUGUUUUUUUUCACUCAACAUGUUACACUUUAUAUCUUCACAGCAACUGCAUAGAAUUAUUUUAAGUGACCAAAUAUAGUAUUGGAAGUCAAGGAUUUAUUAUCGUUAAUUCCAGCAGGUACAUACAUUUCAUCCGUCCCUUUCUUCACCAUGACUAACAUCAAUUUGACCAAUGACGUCAAGAAGAAAAGACAACCUUCCCGGUCUGUGAAUGCAAUUUGUACUCUUAAAAUUGGAAAACAUACUGGGAAUUUUGUUUUCAUGUAAUUAUUCCGAAGUCUAAAUUUUGUAAAUUGUUAACUUUUUUAUCAUCAUUUUUUCUAUCAAGUACAUAGGGACUAAAAAAAUCUACAGGUCAAUUGAGGAAAUGGAAGAAUAACACAGAAUUAUUUUUAUACAUAUUUUGAUUUUUCGUUGAUUGGUUGA